AUGAGGAAACUUUUAAUAAACUGGUUGAUUGAAGAAAACAAGGAGCAUGGAGAACUGAAUAAAGAAGAAAAACAUGUCAAAACUGGAGAAAAACAUUUGAGUCGCUCUCAAACCAAACAAAAAUAUUUAAAGAAGAGAAGAGAUGAGAAAUCUUUCACCUGCACUCAGUGUGGAAAGAGUUUGGGAGGCAAACAGAGUCUUGAGAAUCACAUGAGGAUCCACACUGGAGAGAAACCAUUCACAUGUGAUCAGUGCGGGAAGAGUUUUACACAAUCAGCAAACCUUAAGAUGCACAUGAACAUCCACACUGGAGAGAAACCGUACAAGUGUUCACACUGCAACAGCGGAUUCAGUCGGUCAGGAGACCUGAAAACACAUGAGAGGAUCCACACUGGAGAGAAACUGUUCACAUGUGAUCAGUGCGGGAAGAGUUUCACAGCAUCAUCAAACUUUAAGAACCACUUGAACAUUCACACUGGAGAAAAGCUGCAUGAAUGUGAUCAGUGUGGAAAAACAUUUUUGUGGUCCUCAGUACUGAAGAAUCACCUGAAAAUUCAUUCAAAGCAGAAACCACAUUCAUGUUCUUUGUGUGGAAAGAGUUUUUCCCAACUGCAGAGUUUAAAAGUACAUCAGAAGAUACACUCUGGUGUAAGAGAAUAUAAGUGCUUUGAUUGUAAGAAGACUUUUAUUACAGCUCCACAUUUGAAGCGGCACCUGAUGAUCCACACUGGAGAGAAACCGUAUAACUGUACUGUAUGCAGGAAGAGUUUCAAUCAAUCAUCUAAUCUACGCGUUCACAAAAAGAUUCACAGUUCGUAGAUCAUCUUCAGAUCCAACACUUUCAGGUGUGACGUCUCAUCCUCACCAAAUGUGUCACAAUAAUGCAUCAAG